GUGGCUUAGCCGUGGCAGGGACUCUCUCAACCGUCUGAUCCAAUCAGGACGCCAGGGGGCAAAAUAGCAAUCACGCAGAACCCAAAGCUUGGUUUAUGCCUCCCAUUCUUUCUCCUCAUUCUUACUCUGGUCAUACCUUUCCUCUUCUUCUUCUUCUUCUUCCGUCUCCUUUGGCCGGCACCUCGUUAUCCCGGUCUCCGAUCGCCAUCUUCGUCGACAAGAGAUACCCCGUCAAUAUCACCUGUCCGCUCUCCUCAAGGUCUUAGAUCCAUCGCCCGAUCUCAUCGAUCCAUAUAUAUAUCCCAUGGCGGCCAACAAAUUCGCGACUGUUUUGCACCGGAACAGCCACCGGAUGGCGUUGAUACUGGCAUACGCGAUCCUGGAAUGGGCCCUCAUCAUCCUCCUCCUGCUCAACGGAUUCUUCGCCUACCUUAUCGCCCGGUUCGCCGACUACUUCGGCCUCAAGCCCCCCUGCAUCUUCUGUUCGCGGGUGGACCACCUCUUCCAGUCCGAUGAGGGCCGGCGGCGGUGCGCCCUCCGUGACCUCAUCUGCGACGAGCACGCCGCUGAGGUCGCCAAGUUGGGUUACUGCUCCCAUCACCGGCGGCUGGCGGAGGCCGGGGAGAUGUGCGAGGACUGCUCCUCCUCGUCCCGACCCGUUGAGGUCGCCGUCCUUUCAUGGAUGAAGCGGAUUGAGGAGGGGGAGAAGGAUCUGAGGUGCUCGUGCUGCGACGUCGUCCUUGAGAGCGGGUUCUACUCGCCUUACCUCCUCGUUAGACCUUCCGUGGGCAACGUGGAGUAUGACCAGAAGGGGAACUUGGUGAAUGAGUUCGUUGUGGGCGAUCGCAAAGUUCUUAGGGAAGAUGAUGCCUUGUGCCAAGAAAAGGUGGAGAGCGGGGAGUUGGUAUCUGAAGAUCAAGCUGAUGGACGCCAUGAGGAGGAGGAGGAAAUUGGAGAAAAGUUUGGUGGUAUGGAAGCGAUAGGCACUCUCAUUUCGGAGAGAGAGGUGGAAGAAAUAGAAACCCUCAUCGAAUUCUCUGAUGCCGGCCGAUUGGUGGAAGAUGCUUCUUUGGAACUCCUCAUUCGGUAUCCAGAGAACAUACACGGUGAGGACAGGUUGGUUCCAGUGGAGCUGAUUGACUCAGCGACCAUGACAAAUAGGCAUGUUGCAUAUGCGUCUGGCAAACAAGAUCAGGGAGAGCUUGGGCAUGCUGGUGAAGCUAUCAAAGUUCUUGAUACCGGAAGCAUCGGAGAGGAGAGAGAAGCAGUAGCUUUUCUUGGAGGAGGGACUGAUGUUUUCAAAGUGAAUUCUUCUGGAUAUGGUGAAAUGCAGCAAGACGAUAGGCCGUUUGAUAUCGGGAGCAUUGCAGAGGAGGAGAAAGAAUUGCUUUCUGCUACAGAGAUGGCUGAUAUUGUUGAAGUGAAUUCUUUAAGGAAUGAUGGAGUGGAACAAGAAGUGAUGGUUCUUGAUGUUGGAUGCAUCAUAGAGGAGACAACAUUGGCAUCGGCUGUAGGGAGUGCUGAUGUCACCAAAAAGAAUUCUUCUGAGGAUGUUUCAGCGGAACAUCAAGUUGUUGAUCUUGAAUAUACAAUAUGCAUGUCAGAGGAGGAAAAGACAUUGGUUUCUGCUGGAGAGAGGGCUGAUUCUGAGAUGGAAGGAGGCCAACAGCAUGCUGUGACUCUUGAUAAAAGAAGCAUAUCAGAUGAGGAAAUAACAUUGAUUCCUUUCGAAGAGAGUGAUGAUACCAUUGAAGAGAAUUUUUCUGAUGUUGAUAGAGCCCAACAGAAUUCCAUGACUCUUGAUUUAGGAAUCAUUUCAGCGGAGGAAAAGGUUUCUUCUUUGCAUAUAUUGGAAGGGGAUGACAUCCUCGAACAGAAUUCUGUAGUUCUUUCUGCUUCAGAGCCUACUGGUGAAUGCUUAUCUGAUCAUCAAGUUGUUGCUUCUCUAGCAACACCAAUCAUAACACUUAAGGAUGCUGUUGUUAUUCAAGUGGAAUCAUUAAUGGGCGAGGAAGAUCUUCCUAGAACACAUGCUUAUGAAGAAGAAAAUAAAUUGAUCGAUGUGGAGACCAAUUGUGAAAUAUCUAUAGGGAGUGAGAUAUGUGACCAGGAAUACAUGGAUCAUGCACAUCUUCAUGAGCCAAUUCUAAUGUCAGAAAACACACAGGAUCAACAAACAGAGAGCUAUAAUGAGACGACUGCUACAGACAAAGAAAUAUCAGUCACUGAAACUGAAGCAAUUAUGAUUACAGUGGAGAACCCAGAUCAUGUAGAUGUAGUUGUAUCCCAAGAAAAUAAUGAGAUUGAAGAGGAGAGGGCACCUGAAACACCAACUUCGGUUGAUGGCAUUCAUGGUUUACAUAAGCGGUUCUUAUUCGGAAGGAGAGAAUCAGGAACAGAGUCUCUUGAUGGAAGUGUUGCUAGUGAGUUUGAAGGGUGUGAGACAUUGGCUGUAGAUCAGCUCAAAGCUGCUCUGAAAGCAGAACGGAAGGCCCUGAGUGCAUUAUAUGCUGAGCUCGAGGAAGAGAGAAGUGCCGCUGCCAUUGCUGCUAACCAAACAAUGGCAAUGAUUACCAGGCUUCAAGAAGAGAAAGCUGCGAUGCAGAUGGAAGCAUUGCAGUAUCAGCGGAUGAUGGACGAACAGUCAGAGUAUGACCAGGAAGCCUUAGAACUCCUGAAUGAACUGAUGAUAAAAAGGGAGAGGGAGAAACAAGACUUGGAGAAGGAGCUCGAAGUUUAUCGAAAUAAGGUUCUACAUUAUGAGGCCAUGGAGAGGAGACGAAUGACAAAGCAUAAGAUCAAUGGUAAGGCCAGAACAUCUGCUUCAUCAAGUGCUGAAGACAGUGAUGACCUCUCCUUUGAGUUCCAGGAAGGAGAUGAGCAUACCUACAGUCCCGAUGAAAGCAAUCAAAAUACUCCAUCUGAUGCUGUGUUAAUUUCAGGGACAGAUCAAGGCACUGAAAGGCAUCUGAUCACACUUGAGGAAUCAUUGGCUGAUUUUGAGGAAGAGAGGCGAUCCAUACUCGAGCAACUGAGGGCAUUGGAAAGUAAACUUUUUACAUUGGAUGGUGAGGACUCUCAUGAUUCAAAAGUCAUAGACCACGUUUCAGAUCAAAAUGGCCAUGUUUCAAAUGGACAUCGUGAACCUCCAGGUGAUGAUUUACAUGAUUAUGCGAACGGUUUCUCAGAUGAACUAGAAACUAACAGGAAGCAACCUAGUGAAAGAAGAAACAUGGGCUUUAAAGGAAAGCGGCUUCUUCCUCUCUUCGAUGCCAUUAGUAACGAAAAUGAAGAUGAUAUAUGCACCGAGGAAGGAGCAGCAGAUGCUUCUCCUGAAACAAUCUCAAAUAUUGCAGAAGAGCAGAAAAAGCUUGCAAUUGAAGAGGAGGUUUAUAACAUCAAUGAGAGGCUACAUGCUCUUGAGGCUGAUAGAGAGUUUCUUAAGAAUUGCAUUGGUUCCUUGAAGAAAGGUGACAAGGGAAUACAUCUUCUUCAGGAGAUUUUAGAACAUCUUCGUGAUCUGAGGGAUGUGGAACUUCGAGCCAUGAACUCCUAUGAUGCUUUGGCUUCAUUAUCUGCCUAGUGUGCACACAAAAUGAAGAUGGAGGCUACCUUAUCGGAGUUGAUUGAACAUCUGAAAUCUAGUUGCAACAGUAACCAUGGUAUACAAGAAAUGAAUGAAUGAGUCAUGGUAUGCAGGUUGGUCAUACCAGGGGUGGAACUGAGCUCCUGGUUCUGUAUUUUGUUGGUUGCUUUACAGUGUGUGGGAGCAGACCAUGGAUGGAAGCUGCUUUCCCAGGCCCAGCUUUUUGUGGGGCUUCCUUUUGUUCCAUUUCUUUUCCCUUUUUUUUUUUUCUUUUCUUUUGGGCCCAACCCCUUUGCUGUGGGGCAAGGUGGAUGAGGCAGGGGAGGGUGGUUGGCCAGCCACUCAUAAUGUCAUUGUAGUAGGAAUCAUGGCUUUCAAAGUUGUACAGAAGUUUAAAAGGAGAAAGUAGGGUGAAUGGACUUCCUUGUGUUCUUUUUUUUAUUUUUUUUUCUUCACUUCCUUUUCCUAUAGAGGGAAAAUGAUAGCUGUAUGCUGAUCUUUGAGUAAUGGUGUUUGAAUAUAAUCAAUAUGUUCUGUAUGUUUGGUCAUUA